CUUGCUCAUCAACGGAAUGUCUUCGACGACCCCUCCAGCCGACAAUCGGCAGACUCAAAAUAGUGCACAGGACGGCUCGCCGUCCCCUCCGCCUCCGGCCCCUGUGCCUCUCACCCCAGGCCCUCGUGCGGCUCGGCUCCAACAGAUCUUUAACCAAGCAUUACUCCAUACCAUUCGAGCAAAUUCCUAUUCUAAUUUUGCGUCUUGUUUUCCCACACCGGCGAAACAUGUCCCGCACAGUCUCGAGUCAGUAUGGAGACAACUGAAUGCGAAGUUGGAGGAGAGCGCGAGAGCAGAGUUCGAUGACGUGAUACGGGAAAGAGAGGUGGUCAAGGGGUUAAACGAGUUGGAUAGAUUGAUCCGGGAAGCGAGAAAAAGGAAGGAAAAAGGAGAGGGAGGAAGUAGUGUCGCCCCGCACACCCUUGGCGCGAAUGAAUUAUAUCAGGCACACCUUGCUCCUUACCUCAGAGAGGCGAAGGAGACUCUUGAUUCGAAAAUGGAAGAGACUCAACAGCAGAAUAUACAAUUGGCCGAGAGGAUACAGAGCCAAAGACAAGAGAUACGUCAAUUACUCGAGAGUCUGGAGGGAGUUGUCACAGAUGUUGGCGGCGCGGUGAAGGCAAUACAGGAAUUCGAUCCAGAUAACAGUCUAAGGAAAGAAGCCGAACGCAUGGAUGAAGAAGUCAGAUCGAUUCAACAUGAUUGAUGCACAUCUCCGCCAACUCACCCCGCGGUCCCGAUGCGACGAAAGGAAGUUCAAGAGAGCGAUUAUCAGUUGAAACAAAUCCUCAAUAUCCUACAGUUUUUACCUGGCAACACGGUAGCUCGCUAUAUAACUGGCAUGGAAUAUUGCGUGAA